AACGGCCUUCUCCCUCCCUCUCUCUCUCUCUCUCUCUCUCUCUCUCUCACACACACACACACGUUGGGAAAGAUGGAGAUUUGAAAUUGUGAAAAUCCAGGACCCAAAUCCUUCUUCUUUUCCAGAAAGACACAAUCUUUGGGAUACCACAGAGUAGGGAAAGAGAGAGAUCGAAAUCAUGGGUUGCUUUCUUGCAUGUUUUGGUUCUUCCAAAGACAAAAACCGCAGGAGUAAUCAGAGGUACAGGGUUCACCACAGAGACCAUAGACAUACAAGUUUCGGGCCUGUGAAAUCUGCCGUCUCUUCUGCACCGGUGGUUGAGGAAAAACCUAUUAUCCCGGCAUUGGAAGAAGUCCGGGAUAAGCCAGUGGAGGAACUGAGCUUCAGUACUCGAAAGAAAGUUACUUUUGAUUCGAAUGUCAAGACCUAUGAGCAUGUUUCGACCAACGAAACCCCGGAUCCUUUGUUGGAUAGUGAAGAGAAUGGGAAGGAGGAAGAGGAGGGGAAGAAUUUGGAAAAACCGUGCCUAUCUAAGUCUUCCUCUGAAGAUAGUUCGGUCAUUUCGAGCUCAGGGUCAUAUCCUCCUAGGCAUAGGUACCAGAAUUGCAGGGAUAGCGAUGAUGAAGACGAAGCUUUAGACUAUGAUGAGGACUGUGAUGUUGAUGGUGAAGAUGAGGAUGAUUACGAUGACGAUGAAGGGGAACUAGAGUACGAAGAUGAAAUUGUAGAAUCAAACAGUGGGGUUUCUACACGUCAAGUAAUGACUGAGGAUUUUGAUAGUCCAAUGCCGAUGAAACCAGCUGGGUUGGACCACAAUGUGCGAGAUAGGAGUGGUUAUGUUCAUUCGGUGCUAAACCCUGUUGAGAAUCUUACACAAUGGAAAGCUCUCAAAGCCAAAGGGACACCACUGAUGAAACCUCAGAAAGAGAAUUUCACACAGGAUCAAGAACCCCGGAUUUCGUUCAGUUCAGAUCCAAGUUUGAGCUUCAAAUUGAAAACUGAUCAAGACAAGAAGCAUUCAAAGGAUUCCAACCAAGAAAUGGCAGUUGAUGCUAGCCUCUCGAACUGGUUGUUUUCAUCAGAAAAUACACCCGUUAACAAGGUCAGCACAACUGCUUUAGACACCUUCACGCCUGAGAAAAGCACGUCCCAUGGAUCAAACUCAGCGAGAAGCCAUGAAGAUCGACCAAUUUUAGGUGCAUUAACUGUUGAAGAGCUCAGACAGUUUUCAGCUUCGUCUUCACCAAGGAAGUCACCAAGUAGAAGCCCUGACGAGAUGGCCAUAAUGGGGACUGUCGGAACCUACUGGAAUCACAUGGCUCCUCCUCCCGCUGCCAAGAGUUCGGGUGCCUCGUCUUACAAAGGAAUACCAAACACAACCAGCAAAUACAGAGAGGAUAAAAGAGUGAAUUGGCAUUCUACCCCAUUUGAGACGAGGUUGGAAAGAGCUUUGAACAGAGGAGGUGCUGCUGAAUUAUGAUUGAUGAGAGUUCUUUAUAAUUAAGGAAAGAGGAUUGGUUUGUGAUUGUUAUUAUCUGGUGAUGAUGUCUAUUCUUUUAAUUCUUUUGUGAAUUAUGAUGUUGUUUUUUGUGUGACGCUUGCCUGUUGUAAUAUUGGAGACUUGCUUGAAAUUAUGGAUUGUGAUUUUACUAGUUUGCUUGAAA